AUGAAGAACAUCAUGAACACUCUGUUUUUUAUAUUUGCUCUGUUUUUCCAAGCAGCCAUAGCUUCUCCUGCUUGUCCCAAAUGUGGAGAUCUUGAAGUGCCUUUUCCACUUAGCACAAAUGCCAACUGUGGAGACUCUAGGUACAGAGUCUAUUGCCAUCACGGUGUUCUUCAGUUCAAGUCAAGUGGAGGGUUUUACUAUAACAUCCAUUCCAUUGAUCCCAAUGCCUCUAAGCUUAUUAUAAGCCCACCCCAGAUAAACAAAGGGAGUUGUUCAUCUUCUGAUCUCUAUUUAGGAGGCUUGAGGUUGGAUGAAAGCUUGCCUUUUAACAUUUCAACACACAAUACUGUGAUGCUGCUGAAUUGCUCGGAUAAUCUUGUGUUCUCGCCGUUGAAUUGUUCAGUGAACAGCCCCUGUAGGCAGUUUGAGGAGAAAACAGAGGAAGGAAAUGGGUGUAGGAAUACACUUUGUUGUAGUUAUUUGAAGGAUUCUGCCAUGACUGCUCAUAUGAUAAGAGUUAGAGUGGGAGGGUGUACUGCUUACACUUCUGUGGUGAAUUUUAAGGCUGCUGAUUCCAUUGAGACGUGGAAUUAUGGAAUUGAAUUGCAAUGGAUAUCCCCAAAUUAG